AUGGAUAGCGGCGUUCUCCUGCUGCUGGUCGUACUCGGCUUCGGGUUCACGGGUUACCUCCUCCCGUGGGAUGAAAAGGCGUAUUGGGGGACGGUCGUCGGUGUCGAAAUCGCCAGCACUGCUCCUGUACUCGGCGAUUUUGUAGCGAAGGUCAUGCGCGGUGGAACAGAGAUAGGCACCGUGACACUGGUACGGCACCCCACAGAACACCCCAGAAGAGAUGCCUUCUCAUCUGUGGAGGGGGGGAAACCGUUCUAUCCGGAUCAGGUAUUUGAAGACGUUGUCGGCAUGCUAAUCCUCUUUGUAAUACUGGCAGCUGUUGCGCUGUUUGUGCCCGUCCCACUCGACGAUGUCGCCGAUCCGACGAAUGCGAGUUACGAUCCCCGACCGGAAUGGUAUUUCCUAUUCCUGUUUCAACUGCUGAAGUACUUCCAAGGUCCCCUCGAAAUCGUUGGAACGUUUGUCAUUCCGACGGUUGGCAUAUUGCUUUUGCUCUUCCUCCCGUUCUUAGAUAGAAGUGCGCGUGCUGUCCUCUGGAAACGACCCGUUGCAUUGACGGUCACGACUGUCUGUGUUGCGGCGAUUGCGGGGUUAACUUUCCUUGGCGUAAGUUCACCGAAACUCGAAACAGAGGAAACACCGCAACCGACAGAACAAACCCAAAGCACUGCCCCCUCGGAUACAGAAACGGGAGAAGUCGAAGAAGGGGAGGAAGCCUUUGAUUUUCAACUAACGGAAGAAGAAAUUGAAGGAACGGAAGAAGGGGAAGAGGUUUUUGAUUUCCAGUUAACUGAGGAAGAAUUACAAUAG